AUGAGUAACCUGGAAGAGGAUGCUGACCGCAUGGGCAUGCUGAUGGGGAUCCAGGACAUGCUGCAUGAAGGCUGGGGGCCACACUCGAACCAGUCCCUGUUUGGCACCCCCAGGAGCGUGCGCGAUGGCCCGUUCGCAAUGGAGUCCGCUGGCACGCUGCGGAACGCCCACCUGGAGUCGCGCCAGGCGGGCGCCUUCUGGACGGACGGCGGCUCUGGAGUCGAGCUCGACGACCUUCUCGUGGAGGUCGCGCGCGUGCGGGCGGACCCGCAGCUCGAGGCCCGCAUACGUGCCUUGUACCACUGGGACUACGACCUGCUGUCCCGGGCCCGGCGUCAGAUGGCGUCUGAGGUCCGCGCGAGCAGCUAG